UUUGAAUAUCGAUAAGAGAUGUAUUAUUACAAGAAAUCUGCAAUAUUAUUGAGACUGUUCAAUUGUAGUCUCUUGAGUGAUGUAUGUGGUUUGAUGAAAGUAAUAUGAUUUCUCUUCAUAAAGAGAAUUAGUGAAUUAGAAUUGACUAUUUAUGAACAAAAGGUGAAAAUUUUUGAUUCGAAAUGUCUAUACCAAAUUUAACGAGUGCCUACAGUGUGGAAUUCUUGGCAAGAAAACCAGAAAACGAAGAAAAAUGGACACUUGGGCGAAAACUCAAAUAUAUCGUCAAUAAUAUAACGGUAGAACCGUUACUAUUUCUUCUUCUGGUACCCUCAGCGAUGAACAACUUAACAACGCUGAAUCUCAACUUAGAAAAGGCUUGUAGAAUCAACUUACAUUACAACAGUUCAGUUUGUGAUGCUCUGGCGAUGAGAGAUAAAUCUGGCUAUGAAACCUACCAUGAAGAAGAAGUACAAAAACUUGUAUCACAAAUGACAACAAUUAAAAUGAUUAUUGUGGGAUCUUAUCCUACUCUUCUGAUGCUUUUCGUAGGUUCUUGGAGUGAUAGGCAUGGACGUAGAAAGCCUUUGAUUUUGAUGCCGAUAUUCGGUGAUUUGGUAUCGACAAUUUGUCUCUAUUUCUGUGCCUAUUACUUUUUAGACCUGUCUAUUGAGUGGACUAUGAUGGCAGAAACAAUACCAUUUGCUCUAUGUGGAACCUGGACUUGCGAAUUCUUAGGUUUAUAUACAUAUGUAAGCGGUUUAUGUAAAGAUGAAGAGAGAACUGUGAGGAUUGGAGCUGUCACUGUCUGUCAAAUCAUUUCAUUAACUCUUGGAAUGAUGUUAAGCGGAGUUAUGAUAAAUGUGUUAGGUUAUAAAGGCGUCUAUGUGUUAUCUUCCGUUCUCUUAACAUUAUCUUUUAUAUAUGGUGUUGUCAUGGUUAAAGAGUCAAAUAUACAGACUGACAAGGAAAAAGCAAACGCUGAAAAUUCAAUCAAAGAAUUUUUCUCUACAAAACACAUAGUUAGUACAUUCAAGGUAUGUUUCAAGAACGGUGCUGACAAUAGAAGAUCGAAAAUGACAGUAUUGAUGCUACUGUCUUUUAUGGUUAUGGGACCUCUUUUCGGUGAAUAUUCUGUCGUCUAUAUUUAUACCAGAUUAAAGUUCAAGUGGAGUGAAAUAGACUUCAGUAUUUACAGUACAGUUCAUUCUAUUGUCCAAGUCAUCGGUGGUUCCAUCGCACUGUCAUUUUUCUCGAAAUAUUUGGGUUGUGAUGAUGCCACAUUGGGUAUUAUAGCCACGAUCACCAAGAUUUGUGCAUGUAUCAUUUAUGCAUUCGCUCCAUCGACUCUUAUUUUUUACGUUGGUGCCUUCGCUGAAAUAUUCCACAGCACAUGCCACAUUGCCAUGAGAUCAAUUAUGGCGAAACUGGUGCCUCCUCAGGAAUUGGGACAAACGAAUUCAAUAUUCGCAAUAUUUGAAUCAAUAACACCCCUUUUAUUUGGACCUCUCUACAACAAAGUGUACAAAGAAACGAUUAAUACCUUUCCUGGGUCUUUUUACAUCGUUACUGUUAGCUUAAACUUCGUCACUCUCUUUCUGUUCAUAUGGAUGUACAGAGCAAACAAAAAUGAUGGAAAUAAAAAUUCUGAACAAUAUGAAGCGGUGAAACAAGAAAGUAUGCUGCAGGUGAAAGAAAAACCUGACUCCCAUGGAGAUUGAAUUGGGGAAGAAAAACGUGUCGCUGUGAUAUAUCAAAUAAUAGAUUAUAAGUCUAGAUUCCACAUGAAAGUUCAUUAUUUACACCUUCAGAUGUUACUUCAUUUAAUAAAAAUAUUCAACUUAA